AAGCUGACGAUGAUCAUGAUGAUGUGUGAGCGUGUCUGUGAUUGCUGUAAUGUCGCUAAUGAGACGAGCCAACUAUAAAUCGAGCAUUUGAAGACUGAAUGAAAUGUGAUUUGUUGGCGCUGGUAAUUAGCAUCGAACCUGCAGCUGCAACACGUUGCACAGAGCUGGGCUUGCCCCUUGGCAAUGGCGACGUGCCCCCUUUCGCUGUGUAUGGCUAACCAUGACCGCCGCCAAUUACGGUAAGCCGCGACCAUGUCCACGGCUCUGUUUGUUGAUAAGCCACUUUCGAAUGCACAGCGCACUUGGCUGUUGACUGUUUUGCUGCCGCUGUUGCCGCUGUUGCUGCUGUUGCUGCUGUUGCUGGCUGGCUGGCUGGCUGGCUGGCUGGCUGUUUGGCUUCGUCUGGCGCGGCAAGAAAUUCAGUUGCGCCGUUGAGCUCAAAGAGAAAACAACACACGAAUUACGCGCCAAGCGCCCAGCAGCUGUGAAAGUGUUGGCUGUUGGUCAAGUGGCCGAAGCGGCGAUCGCAGAUCGAAAGGAAAUUUCGCAACAACAAAAGUUAUAUGCACUUUUACUUGUUGCCCGUCUUUACAUCAUCAUCAUCAUUAUCACCAUCAAUAUAACCAUUAUUAGCAUCAUAAAUAACUCACAAUAAAUCACUGUUGUCAUGUAUAAACACACGGUCAAAUCAAAACUGUCCCAGGCACGCAGCACGCCACCUGCCUCAACUGCCACGCCUCAAAAGCAAGCACACCAUGGCCUGGGGGCGGGCAAGAAAUUCUUCUCAAGCAUACGGCACAAAAUCGAGGAUAAUCUCACGCCCAAGCUGAGCGGCAAACUCUACUACAAGGGCAGCAAGCACACGCGUUCGAUGAGCGCCCUCAGUCUGGUGGACAGCGGAGGCUGUGUGGUUGGCAAGUAUACGCCGAAGCCGGCAGUAACACCAGCGGAGGCUCCGGCCAGUAGCCCAUUGAUGACGCUGAGCAGCAGCAGUGUCUGCAGCUAUGUGGACAGCGAUGACGAGGGCCAGAUGAGCCUGAGCCUGAAUCUCACACAGCAAUCGCUGGAGGACGAGAUCUUUGCGGAGCUUGAGAAAGUCGCGCACGACGAGAGCAAACUGAACGAAGUGCUGCAGAGUUUCGAUCAAAUACUGCAGGAGUAUCCGCCGGUGGAGGAGGAGCAAGGAGUGCAGUACGAGCAAACGCUGCCGGUGCCGAUGGUGGUGCCAGUGCCAAUGCCGCUGCCCCCACCGCCUGCUCAGUUCUGCGAUCGACAGCUGCUCUCGAAAUCGCACAGCACGCUGAGCAUGGCCUCGAGCAGGAGGCAAAUCUAUCAGACGCCCGAGUUGGCCAAUUCGAUGCUGUUGCGCCGCAGCGACUCCAGAUCGAAUCAGCGCUACAAUUCGCUCUGCGACAUUAGCCAGCUGAGCGGCAGUCGGAUACCCAUAUCGAAGCACUCGAGCCUGCGCUGCCUGGAGAAGAGCAGCCAGGCCGGCAGCAAAGUGCAGCUGACGCCGCCGCAACGACAGAAGCAGCAACGCACCAGGUCCAUGCUGACGCUGAACAGUCGCAGCUGCAGCAGAGCCAGCCAGGCGGCAGCCAAAGUGAAGCCCCAGCCGAUGCCUGUCUCUCUCGUUGCGCCCAAGCGAGCCAACUCGACGCUGGAGCGUCGCCAGUUGGCAGCCAAGCCGCCGAGGCGGGCCAACUCGACGCUGAAAGCUGCGGCCAGCCGAUCGCCCGAUGCGCACACCGAUGAGCUGCUGGUAAAGUGCCUGGCCAAGGGUCAUGACCUGCUGCGUCAGGUGGAGAGCCUCAGUGCUGGCAAAUCGCGGCCCAGUCGCGGCGUUAACAAGGAGCACACACAGCUGAUGCGGCAUAAAAAGAAACAGCAGCUGCACUACGCCAACGAAGAGAAAGUGGGCAAGCCCAAGCUAGAAUCGUGCAAGAUAAUACCGCCCAAGCUGGGCGAGACCUCAGACAAAAACCACGAGCUGCUGGUCAAAGUGGUGCAACAGCCGCCGCCGCCGAAACCCAUAAAAGCCGUUGAACAGAGCUCGAACUGCGACUCGGACGACUCUGGCCACAUUAGCAACACGGUUCUGUCAUCCACGAGCAAUUCGACUGGAAGUUUAUGCGAAUGCGAGGGCGAUGACGAAGACGUUGAGCCAGAGCCAGCCCAGAGCUGCUGCAGGCCCAACAAAAUUGCGCAGCUCUUGCAAAAGUUUGAGGCGAAAUCGCAAUGCCAGACGGACAGCGGCCAUAAUAUGAAUGCGACGACAACGACGACGACAAAGGUGGCGCAGGUGCGGGCGGUGCGCUGCAUACAAACACAGGUGGAGAUCUAUCCCACCUAUAUGAAAGAGGUAACUAUGCAGCUGCACUAGCCAGCGAGUCCCCAGCAAUAAUGGUGCCCUACCAUAUCUAAAUUUAAAUUAUCUAUUAGAACUAUUUCUUAACUAUUAACUGGAAUAAAUACUGUUUAAAAACAAAAACCUCUACCGCUUAUCUUCUCUUCUCUAUUCAACUUUAACACCUGGUUUCGGUUACUUAGUUGCCUUUGUUUUUCGGUUUUUUUCUUAUAGUUCGUCUCACCUCGAUCCCCACCAGCUCAUCUCGAUCGUAAAACCCGCAUAAACAAAUACAAAAUGCACACACACACACACACAAACAAAUACACACACCCAUUUUCCCGGUUAGUCGCAAUUUCACAUUGGUUUACUUUCAUUUUUGAUCUACGUGCGCUGCAUAAUUAAAAAUUUCGAAAUAGUUUCUCGAAAAUCGUCGCAAAUUCAGAGACACAUAGUUGACACACCUUGGCAAGGUGCGUCCGAUUCCGAGCCCAGCCAAAGACAUUUGGCUUACUAAUUUGUAGUCGCAGUGGAAGUUCGCGACUUUGUCUCAGCUGCAUUUGUUUAUGAGCUCGGCGGCUGCCUAAUGGAAUUGAUGCCCAUUUG